AUCUUUUUGAUUUGAGUGCAUUCAGUGAGAGUCCCCGCGGAGUUUGAUCUAUCUACGUAGAUUGAUAGUUUAUUGGUGUGCAACAGGUCAGUCGUUUGGCUAUCUUCUAAUGUAAGUUCAAGACAGGGAGUACACGUAUAAGUAUAGGCCGUGUGAUAAGGAUUAAAGUGCCUUUAUAUCUUGCAACAGGGAACCUGGGAUUCUUUUUGGGUGAGGCUGAUGAAGAAGACUCUAACUGUAUACUGAACCAAUUGAAAGUAACAAGAAAGACCAAAAGAUAGAAGAUGGACCUGGUUAACAGAAUGGAUUUCGAAGCUUUCGUUGCACACUUUGGUAACGUUGUACAAGGUAAUCCACUUUGUGCGGCUUCUGUUUGGACGCUUCGCCCGUUUACAAGUGUGGCUGAAAUUCACCGACAUAUUUGUGAAUUUCUGGAUAAACUUCCACCGUAUUGUAAAGAAGGAAUCUUGCGAUGCCUACCAGAUCUGGCGGGCCGGCUCGCCGCCAUGGGGAAGUUGAGUAAGGAGUGCUCGAGGGAGCAGGUCAUUGCUGGGUUGGUAGAUAUAACGCCCGAAGAAAGGGCAAGACUGACUGAAAUGAACACAAAAUACAAAGCCAAAUUUGGAUUUCCAUUCGUCGUCUGCGCGAGAGAAAACCGAAAGCGUUCAAUUAUGAAAGGGAUAGAGGAAAGUCUUGAGAAAACACAAGGACAAGAAUUGUUAAGAGGGAUAGAUGAGGUGAAGAAGAUUUGUUGGCUGAGACUCCUCGACGUCGUAGAAAACAUAAGAAAAGCGCACUCCGAUUAUAACUCAAAACUCUGAGAAUACAAGCACAGAAAAGUUCAUAUAGACAUUGAACCAUUACUGUACAGACGCUCGGCACUGCUGAGGUAAAAAUGCCGAUUCAGACAGAGGCAUGCAGCUAAUUAUCACACUAUGACGUACAAAAGGUAUCCCCAACCAGGGCUGCAGUUAUUAUUGUGGACAUUUUUUGCUGAAUCGCCUGAGAGCCAAAAUGACUGUCUAUUUAUCUAUAGACAUAUCUGUGAAUAUCUGUGGAAAAUCAAUCUGUCGCCCUGGUUGAGAGAAGACAAAAGGUUACGCAAAAUAUUUUAUUUUGAUCGGUUGUAAAA